AUGCAUUAUACGAGUCAGAACUAGCUUAGCUAGUAGAAAUUCCAGAGCUGUCAUUUUUUCAACGUGUAACCAACCAGGCACUACCUCAGUGGCAGAUUUUGACGGUGCUAGCAAUGCACUUUGGCCACUUCAUAACAAUACAGCGAACUCAGAAUUGGACAUUAGACCAUGACGGAGGAGGCUUUCGAUGUGGUGGUGGUGGGUUCCUGUAUGACUGACUUGGUCAGCCAGGCACCAAGGCUACCCAAGGCGGGAGAGACCAUCCACGGUCACAAGUUCUUCAUUGGUUUCGGAGGCAAAGGGGCAAACCAGUGUAUUCAGGCCGCUAGAAUGGGAGCCAAGACUGCCAUGGUCUGCAAGGUUGGCAAAGACUUCUUUGGAGAAAACUACAUCCAGAAUUUCAAGGACAAUGGUGUAUCCACAGAGUUUGUGGGGCAGACGGUUGACUCAGCCACUGGUGCUGCCUCCAUCAUUGUCAACGAUGCAGGGGAGAAUGCCAUUGUGAUCGUGGCUGGUGCCAACCUGCUACUGGGUGGCGAGGAUCUGCGGCGGGCACUGCCAGCCUUAAGCCAUGCCAAGGUAAUGGUGUGCCAGCUGGAGAUCAGCCCGGACACCUCCCUGCAGGCCCUGCGCCUGUCCCAUGAGAACAACGUGAAGACCAUUUUCAACCCAGCGCCAGCCAUUCCAGACCUGGAUCCUGAAUUCUAUAGAGCAUCCGAUGUGUUCUGCUGUAACGAAUCAGAGGCAGAGCUGCUGACAGGGGUGGCCGUGGCGAGUAUAGAGGAUGCUGGCCGGGCCGGUGAGGAGCUGCUGAGGCGAGGCUGCAGCUCGGUCAUCAUCACCCUGGGCUCCCGGGGCUGCGUUGUGCUGUCGGCACAUGAGCCCUCGUCCCCAUCACACCACAUCCCCACCAAGCCGGUGACAACAGUGGAUACCACGGGAGCUGGAGACAGUUUCAUUGGUGCCCUGGCCUUCUACAUGGCUCACUUCCCUACAAUGUCCCUGGAAGAGAUGGCCAGGAGAGCCAAUCAGGUGGCAGGAGUGAGUGUACAGACAAUUGGGACACAGGCGUCUUAUCCCUCUAAAAAGGACCUACCCACAGACCUUUUCUAGAGAAGACAGCAACUUUUACGCUAAAUGGCCACUGUGAGCCUGAACUAUCUAAAACACUGUGCCAAGUAAUUAAACAACUAUGUAAAUAACUUAA